CACGAACCAAACGCCACCUUAUCGCUUAUGGGCUAUGGCGUAGUGUCGAUUUUAGAAACGGAAGCAGAUAAAUGGUCGUCUGCCGUCCCCUUGCACGGUAACCAUCCAUGGCGGCCGCCCCACUGACCUCUCGCUCCCUCCUCGUCCCGCCCCAGCGAUCCCAUCCACGGCUGCCCGCCUCCCUCCGCCUCUCCCACCACAAGCAGCCUUCCACCGACCCUAAGCGCCGCCGACACCCCGUCCCUUCGCAUCCGGCCUUCUCUGCAGCCGUGCGCCGCCGUGCCAAGAAGAUCCCCAUCCCAGACAACGACAAACCCGCCGCCGGCAUCCGCGUUACCGACCGUGGCCUCUCCUACCGCCUGGACGGCGCGCCAUUCGAGUUCCAGUAUAGCUACACAGAGGCCCCACGCUCACGACCUGUCGCGCUCCGCGAGGCCCCGUUCCUGCCGUUCGGACCCGAGGCCACGCCACGCCCGUGGACGGGGAGGAAGCCGCUGCCCAAGAGCUCCAAGGAGCUGCCAGAGUUCGACUCGUUCGUGCUGCCGCCACCGGGCAAGAAAGGGGUGAAGCCCGUGCAAUCGCCGGGACCGUUCCUCGCCGGGAUGGAGCCGAGGUACCAAGCGGCGUCCGGGGAGGAGGUGCUCGGGGAGCCCCUCACCAGGGAAGAGGUCGCCGAGCUCGUCAACGGGAGCCUCAAGACCAAAAGACAGCUCAAUAUCGGUAGGGACGGUUUGACACACAAUAUGUUGGAGAACAUUCAUUCACAUUGGAAGAGGAAGAGAGUUUGCAAGAUAAAGUGCAAAGGUGUCUGUACGGUUGAUAUGGAUAAUGUCUGCCAACAGCUAGAGGAAAAAGUUGGAGGAAAAGUAAUACACCGCCAAGGGGGUGUCAUAUUUCUUUUUCGUGGUAGAAACUACAAUUACAGGACUCGCCCAAGUUUUCCACUUAUGCUCUGGAAACCUGUUGCACCAGUGUACCCUCGCCUUGUUAAGAAGGUCCCAGAUGGCUUAACUCCAGAUGAGGCCACAGAAAUGCACAAGAGAGGACGUCAAUUACCACCAAUUUGCAGACUUGGGAAAAAUGGUGUUUAUGUUAACCUUGUGAAGCAAGUUAGAGAAGCAUUUGAAGCAUGUGAUCUUGCCCGCGUUGAUUGCUCAGGACUUAACAAAAGUGAUUGCAGAAAAAUUGGAGCUAAACUGAAGGAUCUAGUUCCGUGUAUCUUACUGUCUUUUGAGUUUGAGCAUAUAUUGAUGUGGAGAGGAAAUGAUUGGAAAUCAUCUCUUCCUCCAUUAGAAGAAAAUAAUUUUGAAGUGACAAAAGCGAAAGAACAUUUUAGUGGCAAAGAAUUGAAUGAAAAGGUUAAACAUUCAGGAACUGUUCUGACCCAGAUUGAGUUGUCUGGUAAUGCAACAUAUCUCAAGAACUGCAACUUGGGUGAAGGUGAAGAAAAAUCGAAAGAUUCCAUGAAGGCUAAUCUUGCCAGUGAUAUGAUGCUGGCUUCUGCAACGGAAGUCCCUGGCUUGUUUAAUUCUAUAGGUAUAUCUGGUACUGAGCCCUCAGCACACACUCCAUUAGAAUAUUCACCAUUAAAUCCAGUAAAUGAUUUUAUGGAUCCAUCCCUGAAGUCAGCAUUACAUUGCCGAAGUAUCCCAUUGGACAAGAGUGAAAAUAGAGAUCUGGUUGAGAAGUCUCUUGAUUAUUCUGCAAGAUCUGAACAUUCUCCAGAUGAUCUGGAACCUCCCCCCUGUAUAACGAGCAUCGGUGAUGAAUUGGAGACUAAGAGGAAAGACAACAAAGGUAUAAAAGGCAGGAAUGUUCUAAACAGCAGUUCUAAAAUGCCUUCCUAUAUGGAUGGAGUGUUACUUCUUUUGAAACGGGCCAUUGACAGUGGCAAGGCACUUGUUCUGAAUGAAAAUGAGUUUGUUGAUUCUGAUCUGGUGUAUCAAAAGUCUGUUGCAUUCACAAAGUCAACUCCACGAGGACUGGUUUUUGAGCAUACACAAAGGAGGUCCAGUGCCAGGAGAAAUAGGCCAGACAAGCAUGUAGGAAUUAAAAAGCAUCUUGUAGAAAAUAAAGUAUCUAGUCAUGUUGAAAUGAAAGAUAAUGCCAAUGGACGAUUGGCAAUGCAGACAAAUGACCAUGCACAAGAGUUUCUAUCAGAUGUGGUUCCACAAGGUACCUUAAGAGUGGAUGAACUAGCGAAGUUACUAGCUUAGAGGUGAUUGUUCUUUUAUCUACCAUAAAGACUGAUGCAUCGGCAUCCUUCUUUUCACGUGCAAAAUAUGCAAUGUACGCUGAGAUGGUUAAAAGUGGUCUGCUGCGUCACAGUGACUACUUUUAACCUUGAAAUACUGCAGUAUAAUCAUGUGUGCCGUUGAAAUCACCUUCGGAAAAUGUAUUCAGUCUGAUUUGUCGUCAUCACUAACUACUGAUAUAUUGAAAGGAGUUAUCACA